GUAUUCGACUAUAUUUAAAAUAACUUAUUUCACACCAUGCAUGAAAUAAUAUUAAAAAUGGCUAUAAGUUUGCUUAAAAGAAUUGAGAAGUACCCUCAAUUCCUCACGGAAUCCAUCAUCAAAACUCAAGCUUGACAAAAAUGUACCUUGAAAACCUAACUGCUUCACAAACGUGCGAAGAGAACCAAUUCCCAAACGUGAACUAUGCGGUGUUGAAGAGUUCCAUUCUGUUCAUCAUCAGCAGUUCCGCUUCAUCAAAUGUCACUUCUACAAAUGUAAAUGCUUGAUUUGAUGAUGAAAAUACUAAGAUCACUAUAUAUGCCUUUAACAUUUGAGGAGCUCCCUCGAUGUCUCAUGGACUCCAUUGUCAGAACUCAAACUUGACAAAAAAUUGUCUUAAAAAUCUAAUUUGCUUCACAAACACAGCGAAGAGGAUAAAUCGCCAAACGUGAACUAUGCGUCGUUGAAGAGUUCCAUUCUGAUCAUCAUGAGCAGUUCCACUUCAUCAAAUGUAAAUGCAUGAUUUGUUGAUGAAAAUAUAAAAAUUACUAUAUAUAUGCUUUUCACAUUUGAAGAGUUCCCUCGAUUCCUCGUGGAUUCCAUCAUUAGAACUGAGUUUACACAAAAACAGGACCAAUCUGUAUAUACAUAGAUUCAAGCAAAAAAAUAAUUUUCAAAAUCGGUUCAGAAAUGACGGAGUUAUGAAGUAACAAACUAAAAAAAAAAAACACACCGAAUUGAUAACCUCCUCCUUUGGAAAUCUUGAAGUCGGUUAAAAAUACAACUCGAUUGAAAAAAACUCAAAUUAUUGUUACACUAAUUCAUUCGGUUGCCCCUCAUUGGGCUCGAAUUUUGCCAAACAAAAGAAUCAUCAAAUUACACUUUUUUGGGAGCUUUCUCAAUGUUACAUUACGCUUCAGCAGCUUAGCAUGUCCAAAAGCAAUUGAUAUCGAUACCAUGACACAUAUUGUAAUUCCAUAAUAGUUUUGAUUCGACCUUUGUCUAUUGUCGCGGUCCGCGGCCUGCAGCCCCACUAGUUCUGUUCAGUGUUAAUAAUAUAAAAACCAGCGGCCACUGGUAUUGACAUCAAUCAGCGACCAACGUUGAAGUUAACAAGAGCAAAAUGUUCAGCAAAAUCAUAGCUUUCGGCGCCAUGGUCGCAGCCGCUUAUGCGGGUUUGAUCCCAGAAUACGGACACGCGGUGUCUUCCCAGAGCAUCGUGCACCACGGCGACUACGCGGCCCAUGGCUACGCACCCCAUGGCGACUACACCUACGGCCACCUCGCCGCACCCGCCCACUACGCCGCGCCUCUGGCCCACGCCGCGCCCCUUGCUCACUACGCCGCCCCCGUCGCCUACGGUCAUGGAUACGAGGGACAUGAGGGACAUGAUGAAUAUGCUCACCCCAAAUACGACUACGCGUACUCCGUGUCGGACCCGCACACCGGCGACCACAAGUCGCAGCACGAGUCCCGCGACGGCGACGCCGUGCACGGCUUCUACGAGCUGGUGCAGCCCGAUGGCUCCGUGCGCAAGGUCGAGUACACCGCCGAUGACCACAAUGGGUUCAACGCGGUCGUACACAACUCCGCCCCGUCCAUCCACCCCGAGCCCUACCACGGCCACCAUUACUAAGAAGAUCUCUCCUGUUUUAGUGUUGUUGUGAUGUCUUAAACAAAAUGAUGAACUUGUAAAUAAUAAUUUAUUAAAUAUUUUGUAUAACGAA